AUGUGGCUGAUCGAUGUCGACACGCUGAAGCUCCAGAACUUCGUUGGCAAACCAAGCGGCGACCAAGAUGAGUAUGCGAUCCUGUCGCAUACGUGGGCACAAGACGAAGUGACCUUCCAAGACCUGGCCCAUCUGUCGGCAGCUAAACGCAAAGCAGGCUUUUGGAAGAUACAAAAGUGCUGCGAACAAGCAAAGAGAGAUGGGUUCAAAUGGGCUUGGGUCGAUACCUGCUGCAUCGACAAGAGCUCAAGUGCAGAGCUGCAAGAGGCCAUCGACUCGAUGUUCGACUGGUAUGCUAAUGCAGCGCACUGCUAUGCGUACCUCCCCGAUGUCGGUCUCGGUAAGGGAGACGUUGCUGACAAGGAUGGUUUUAUCGAAAGCAGAUGGUUCAGCCGUGGCUGGACCCUACAAGAGCUCAUCGCGCCAGGGCUACUUACGUUCUAUGGACGAGAUUGGUGUUACCCAGGCCCAAGGAUCGAGUUGAAAUGGCUAAUAGCUAAGCGCACUGGCAUUCCACAAGGCCUGCUUAUAUCAGGACCUAUCAGUCAGGAUUCCAGGGCCGUGAGGAGCUUAAAUCACUACAGUAUCGCACAGCGCAUGUCUUGGGCGUCUGAACGUCAGACGACGAGAGUCGAAGAUCGAGCUUAUUCACUGCUGGGUCUGUUCGGCGUAGCGAUGCCGAUGCUGUAUGGCGAAGGUCGGCAGGCUUUCAUGCGCCUACAAGAAGAGAUAGUGCGCAUCAGUAGAGACCUCUCCAUCUUUGCAUGGGAGCGACCGAAAAUGUCCAUUCAUCAAAAUCAUAUCUCCAAGCGUGACGAGGAUGCUCGGCUGAGCUUGCUGACACCUUCGCCAGACUUCUUCGGCCAAUGCGGGGAUAUCAUCUUCUACGAGACAAAGCAAGCUGUGCAGAGCUCGAUCGAAAAGACAAUCUCCAGUGUCGGCAUGAAGCUCACUAUGCCAAUCAUGCCAAUAUAUGUCAGCGAUUAUGAGCCAGCAGACUAUGUCGGAAUCAUCAACUGUUACCAUAAGACCGACGUAACAUAUGUGAUUGCCCUCAAGCUGAUGAGCGAGAGGGCGAUGUUGAUGGGUUCAGCGGACCCUGCUCAGAUCGAGCACAAGACAGAGCCCCUUCACCUCACGCCUUAUGCUCUACGAAAUGUCACCGGCGAGUGGGCACUGGCAGAAAGUCGUACGUUCCAUCUUGAUGCUCUCCGCGCCGAGCAGGAACCAGUCAUGCGAACAGUGAUCCUUGCCCGGGAUCAAGAAGUGCUCGAGGAUCCACUCUUGGCCCAACAUCGUGAAGGCGUCUCCCAUGGCUAUGACCUGGUCCUGCCAGCUGACCUACACAAAGCCCUAGACCAUUACCUCUUCAACCACAUCUGGCUGCGAAUGGCACCUCCCAAGGACGGCCCACGCUGGGAAGUAAUCGACAUGUACCCGAAGGAUGCCUGGAGCACGUCCAACCUCUCCUUUUCAGUCGGUGAAUACUUCGGUAACCAACGCCCGGGGCCCUCAGAAAUUUCAUACGGAGAGGUACCCUACAUAAUCAGCGCCAUAGCCCUCAAACGCCACGACAUCGUCAACAGCCGCCUCCUCAUCUCCUUCGCAUGCCCCGUAGAUCGACCAAAGAAGCGACGUGUCUACUUCCGCAUCGAUCAACUCGAACCAGAAACUACCGUGACUCAUCGGCUCUUCCUGCGGUACUGCGAGAAGCUGAUGCGUGAGGAAGUGCAGAAUGAGCAUGAGGAUAGGUACAUGAGGAAGGAGAGUCGGGGCGAGUAUCGUGCUGCCAAGGGUGUGCAUCUUUACGAUGGGUCGAGGACUUAUGAUGCUUCGAGCUUUGUGAUUGCGCCGCAGACGAGGAUUCUGGCGGGGAGGUGGGUGGCGAUUAUGCAUGUUCAUGAUGUGGCUUCGAGGGAGGAGGUUGAGGCGUUGACGAAGGAGUCGGGGUUGCCGGUGUGGGUUAAGGGUGCGUAG